AUGAAAGGACCUAAUCCCGGUAUCUCGAACGCUUCCCUCAAGCCUAAAGAAAACCUAUUGGAGUUCGGAGAUAUUACUUGGGCAGAUGUUCAUAACAGAUAUGAGUCCAAGAUACGGGUGGACAAUGAUCAGCUCGGACUUCCACCAAGUCCGAUUAAUCGGAUUAAAAAUUCAGAUAGACCAAAUAGGAUAACCGAAAUAAUGUUUCAACCGCCAAGGGAUAGAUAUCAUCCAGAUUCUCAACCCCAAAGGUCCACCUUCAUAUUGGAUAAGGGAAGGAGUGGUCCCAGGCCCACCAUUGUAGCAGUUAUCGGUCAUAUUGAGGGUAGCACGGUCAACAUUAUCCGAUGGAAUGUAGUGGAGCAGUUGGGGCUGGUAGAUCAGAUCAUACCAGCCGCCCACGUUCUAAACGGAUUUAAUAUGGCAUGCGAAAAUACGAAAGGUGAGAUAACACUACCGGUGAAUGCGGCCGGUAUAAUCCAGCACGCAAAGUUUGAUGUCAUCGACGGAGAAAUGAGGUAUAACACUUUGCUCGGAAGGCCGUGGUUGCACAUCAUGAGGGCGGUGCCUUCAGCUUUGCACCAAAUACUAAAAUUUCUAAUGUCAGAAGGGGUAAAAAUCAUUCAUGGAGAGCAACCUGCAGCAAAGGAGAUGUUCAUAAUUGAAGAAGCUGUUCAGACAUCAGAUAAAGCCCCCGAGGGUACUGAGGACCCGAAUGAAGUAGAAAAUGCUAAAUAG